ACAUAACAACAUUUUCUUGGAAAGUAAUUCCUGUUGGAGAUAUUUCUUUGAGUAAUUCCUGCUGGUCAAUGGAAGCGUGUUGCAUGUCAAAACUUAGUUCAUUUUUUUAAUACUUCAAAUGGAUCCUAGUGGUUGAAUAUUGCAUCAAUUGAAAGCGUCUGUAUGCCAAAUUAUGUGACCUCUAGUGCUAUAUAUAUAUAAACUUCCGUAGGGGUUUUAAUUGUACUGAUUUGAAAAGUAAGCCUCCUACUUUGUGAUCCUAGUAGAGAAGGUUGAUGCUUGUUCUCCUGUUUUUGCUUGCUGCAGGCAGAUCAAUUGCAUAAAAUUUAUUUGUUGUGUGGAUCUGCUGAUGAAGACAACUGGCCUGGGGUUUCCAAAUUGCCCAAGCAUGAUGACUACAAGCCACAAAGUCCAAUGGAGAGACAUAUUAAGGAGGUUUUUAAAGAGCUGCUUGGAAAAGAGCUGAGGAAGAGGAGCGAAUGCAAGCAAGGGGCUGAAUUGCGAGAUUCGGAUUCUGCAUUGACCCACCAUGAUGUAUGUGUUUGGGGUACUGGUUGGUACUGAUCUAAGCUCUAUAGGCCCAACCAUGAUGUGUUGAUGGGAUUCAUCUACUAGACUUCUACCUAGAGUCCACCUCAGCAUGCCAUGUGGAUUUCAAGGAAAACACUCAUGUCCAUCAAGGCGUCAUUUAGCAACGUUGCUAACAUGCUCCUCGACUGGAAUGCUGAUGACAACGAAGAUCACUGCUCCUGGCGCGGGGUUGCUUGUGACAAUCUCUCCUUCGCCGUCGUCUCUCUGAAUCUCUCAAAUUUGAAUCUUGGCGGGGAGAAUUCGCCAGCCAUUGGGGAUUUACAGAGCUUACAGACACUAGAUUUGAAGAGGAAUCAGCUGACCGGGUCAAUCCCUGAUGAGAUCGGUAACUGCGUCUUGCUGAAAUCUCUGGAUUUAUCCGGUAACUUGCUAUAUGGAGAUAUUCCAUUCUAACAUCUAGGCUCAAACAGCUUGAGGAAUUGACCUAUCCCUUCAACCCUUUCACAGAUGCCAAAUCUCAAAACUCUGUAAGGUUGCUGUCACUUAUAUUGGAGGUGCUUGUUCUAUCUUGUGGUUUAUGCUUUCUAAUAUCUACUUGAAAACAUUGAAUUUUUAUUUAUUUAUUUUUUUUCCUUCUCAUUUGGGUUUUCUCAGUUACGCAUUUGCAUUGGGGGUUUGUCUGAUAGAACAUACUUGAACUACAAUUGUUUGUUUCCAAUGGUGUGGAUGUGUGUGUACAAAGUGAUUUUAAUGGAUCGACAGCUAUGAUCAUUCCCGCACAAGAA